UAGCUAUAUGAUGACAUCGGACACGGAAGUAAACAGAAGUGGAAGUUGACCAUUCGAGAGCGGACCGGUGUCUUUUUUUUUUAACCGCCUUUGAUUCUAUUUCUUUAAUUUUAUUUUUCGCCGAAACCAAGCAAACAUGAAAGCCAUCACGACGUUGGCGCUGAGCAUGCUCGGAGUUGUAGUGUUGGGUCAAAGUCAGGACGGCUGGAAAAGAAUCAAUAAAGUCAAGGUUUCUGGCUUUGCGUGGAAGAACUGUGGUAAACCGGAAGCGGCGGCAGUGCUGGAGACCCUCAGCGUGUCCCCGGACCCCAUCAGCAUUCCCGGAGAUCUGACGGCGUCUGCCUCGGGCUCUACAUCCGUGGAGCUCCGCGCCCCUCUAAAUGUCAACGUCACUCUGGAGAAGGAAGUGGCGGGCUUUUGGGUGAAGAUCCCGUGUUUAGACGAUCUGGGAAGUUGUCACUAUCCCAACGUCUGCGACAUUUUGACGCAGCUGAUCCCACCCGGACAGGACUGCCCGGAGCCGCUACACACGUACGGUCUGCCCUGUCGCUGUCCCUUUAAGAGCGGCUCAUACGCACUGCCGCAGUCUGACUUCUUCCUUCCCUUCAUGGACGUUCCGUCUUGGCUCAGUAACGGUGAUUAUCGUGUUCAGGGGAUCUUGGGGGACGGCGCUGAAGAGCUGGGCUGCCUCAAGGUGGCGCUGUCCCUACACUCAGAAUGAACGCAUUCAUUAGCGCUCCUUUUUACUGCAUAAAGACAUCCUGACUGAUUCUGAAAUAUGCUUCUAUAAAACGUGAUAACCUGUCAUGUUAUUUUUAAAAACUUAUUUUACAAUGAUAUACAUUUUCAUAAAGGAAAUGCCUUUUAUUAUUUUUUUUUACUGAAUAAGCUUUUUGGAAUGAAAUUUUGUGAAUGCUUAAAAAAAUAUGAGUGGACAGUUUUGCAAUAAAUGUGAUCACAUUGAAACAUUUUUUAUGGUUAAUUUC